AUGUACGAGUCGAAGGAAAUGCUAAGAAACCUCAACGCAGCGAUAGAAGACUAUUCCAGCAAAGUUGAUAAGGAUCUCGGUAGAUUUGAUUGUGUGUCCUUGAUCAACUACAACGAACGCAAUAUCGCAAAAAAAGAAGUUGAUGAAGUAAAAAAACGAGCUUAUUCUUGCUUUCAAAUGACACCAAAAAGUUCUAAGGUGCCCCCGCAGCCGGUAUGGGUAAGUCCCUCCGAAAUUGACUUAGAAAGAGAUGACCGCGUAAUUAUUGGAUGGGGGAGCUUCGGAUCUGUUCUCCGCUGCUACUACAAAAAAGUUGGUCGCUGUGCUGUAAAAUGUGUUCGAGCAACUAGUAUUACAGAUGACGUAAAGACUGCUGCGCAAAGAUUUGAAAAAGAAGCAGGGAUAUUUCUUAUGGCCGACCACACAAAUAUUGUACGGGUGUAUGGGAUCACAAGCUGGGUCGGAUCAUUCGGUAUCAUCAUGGAGUAUAUGGAGAGAAGAAGCUUAGCGAACCUCAUUCAAUCGGCGAGCUCAAAAGAUUAUCAAAUUCCGUUCGAUCUAUUGGUGCGGAUUUUGCUUCAGGUUGCGAACGGAGUGGCGUUUCUGCACAAAAUCGGAGAAGACAAGCAGAUCGUUCACGGAGAUCUGAAACCUUCUAACAUCGUACUGGAUAACAACUUCACUGCAAAGGUGACCGAUUUUGGAGGGGCGACUCUACGCACAUACACUGGAACAAACGAAGGAGGUCGUGUAGCAGAGAAUGUGGAACACACUCCAGUUUACACUGCUCCUGAGCGGCUCGUACAUCUAGAAUAUGCCGCUACCAAAGCAUCAGAUGUUUAUAGUUAUGGAUUGAUCGUCUACGAAUGCCUUAGCGAUCGUGUACCAUAUGGUGGGAAAUUUCCCAAUAAGGAGAUCUUAAUAAUUCUAUUGAAGAAUACAAAUGAAAUUGAGCGACCAAACUACGAGCGGAUUGAUAACAAGAAGAGGAUCUUCCAUGGAAAUACGUUACUUCAUCUACUUUUUCUUGAGAAGUGGAUGAAAAGCUGCUGGCAGUACAACAAGGAUGAUCGUCCGAAAAUGAUAUCAGUUAGAGAUAAAUUUCAACAGCAUUUUGACAAAGUAGGCCGAGAAGAGAUUUUGCACAGCGUUGCCGAAAUCUCAAAACUACAACUAAAUGCACAAGUCUCAGAAGGAACCACGGAAUUCAUACAAAUCAACCGUUUGAAACCGCCUCACUUCCAACCGUCGGAUGUUCAAACUGGUACAUCAUCAUGUUUACCAUGUGGUAGAAAGAGAAGCUCAGAAGAAAGAGUCGCCUCUCAUAAUGAAAAAAUGCCGAGAUUUUUCACUGACGAACCAUCCACAAGCCAAGCAGCACCGGAAAACAAAAUUAAGUCUUUGAUAAGAAAGGUAGAAAACGCACUGACCGCUGAUGCCAAGGUUCUUGAAGCAGCAACUCGAGAGUUGUAUAAUGCCUUGAAAAGGGAAGAGAGUAGGAGCUCCGAUGACAACGCUCUUCUCGUGCGUGAAUUAAACGACCUUUUCACUUUCACUGACGAACCAUCCACAAGCCAAGCAGCACCGGAAAACAAAAUUAAGUCUUUGAUAAGAAAGGUAGAAAACGCACUGACCGCUGAUGCCAAGGUUCUUGAAGCAGCAACUCGAGAGUUGUAUAAUGCCUUGAAAAGGGAAGAGAGUAGGAGCUCCGAUGACAACGCUCUUCUCGUGCGUGAAUUAAACGACCUGUGUGGUAAAAUGAUUAUGCAGAAGGAAUCACCAGCCUAUCACCAGCUUGUCUACCACGCUCUUGAUAUGUGCUCCGGUAUCGCAGACGAAAAUGAUCAGAAAAAUUAUUACGAGAGUUUUCUUGAAAAAUUGUGA